AAUAAGGAGGCGGGAGUGACGGCCGAUUAGCAGUCGCCGGCAGCUGCUGCGAGCCUGUAGACACUUUUCAGGUGCUGCUUCUCCUUCGCUUGUCAGGCGUAACGGAGAGUUCAGGUUUUGUAAACCUCCUCAGCAGGAAAGCUGAACCAUACGAACUCAAAAGAAUGGAAGCAGAUGCAUCUGUCGAUAUGUUUUCAAAAGUCUUGGAGAACCAGCUGCUGCAGACUACCAAAUUAGUGGAGGAACAUUUGGAUUCUGAAAUUCAGAAACUGGAUCAAAUGGAUGAAGAUGAAUUGGAACGGCUCAAAGAAAAGAGACUUGAGGCCCUAAAGAAAGCUCAACAGCAGAAACAAGAAUGGCUUUUGAAAGGACAUGGGGAAUACAGAGAAAUCCCUAGUGAGAGAGACUUUUUUCAGGAAGUCAAGGAGAGUAAAAAAGUGGUUUGCCAUUUCUACAGGGACUCCACAUUCAGGUGUAAAAUACUAGACAGACAUUUGGUGAUCCUGUCCAAAAAACAUCUUGAGACCAAGUUUUUGAAGCUGAAUGUGGAAAAAGCACCCUUCCUCUGUGAGAGACUGCGUAUCAAAGUCAUCCCCACUCUAGCACUCGUGAAAGAUGGAAAAACACAAGAUUAUGUUGUCGGAUUCACCGACUUGGGCAAUACAGAUGACUUCAGUACAGAAACUUUAGAGUGGAGGCUGGGCUGUGCAGACAUCCUCAAUUACAGUGGAAAUUUAAUGGAGCCACCAUUUCAGAGCCAGAAGAAAUUUGGGACAAACUUCACAAAGCUGGAAAAGAAAACGAUCCGAGGAAAGAAAUAUGACUCAGACUCUGAUGAUGAUUAGAACUCAAUUCUUUGUAAAUUGUCUGUUUAUUUCUGUUUACUUUAGACUUAAUGUGUUUUUAAAAUUCUAUUAUUUUAAUACAUUGACCAUCUAAUGUUCAUAUCCUGGAUUUUUAUACAGUUCCACAACACUGAAAGGCAUCUUUACCAUUUUCUGUGUGGCUGUCAGGUUCUAGUUGAGGAAAAUUUCCCAAUUCUUAAAUUAGCUGGGAAGGGCCUGAGAUUGGUUUUAUCACAGUAUGAGUCUUACAUCUUUGUACCAUUCACAAUUGUGUUUUUAAUCUACUGAGCUAGAAAUAGAAACUCAGCAAACUAUUCCAGGACUAAAUCUUACUCAGUGCUAUUUACAUAAUAGGUCCAGUAACAUUUACUGGUGUGGCACACUGCACUUGUCAAUGAACACUAAUUAUAAGCCCUUCACUUGUGGAAUUUAAAUAACUAUUAAAGAACUACUUAUUCUGGAUGCUGCAUAUUGAUGUUGAAUCGACUGAUGCAGCAGAAAGCUAUUUCAGGUUGUGAAAAUACUGCCUUAUUUAAUGGCUCCUCAUGGCUUAUGUUUUAAGACGGGCAUUUAAAAGUAAUCACGAAACACUUGGAAUGGCAGCAUGAGGAAAUUCACUAACUCAAUAAAAUAACCAUAAGUGGUAAAAAUUGUCUUAUUUUUAAAGUUUAAGUCUGUGGAAAGUGUCAUAAUAUAGACAGCUAAGUCAGGUAGACAUAUUACAGGCAGUCAGAGCUAGGCCCUCAAGAGAGGAAAAA